UCCGCCGCCGUGCGCACCACUCACUCCUCUCCCACUCGCCUCGUCUCGCUCCCCUCACCACCCCACCGCCGCCAGUGGAGGCGCCCCCGCGUCGCGCCGCCGACCCGACCCGACCUGCUCGCGCGUUCGGUCAAAACCCACCGCCCGAGCGCCCGCAACGCCGCUACAAAUCUCGCGCAUUCCCAAGGCCGCCCGCCGCCCGCUCCAUCGCCCGUGCCGACGACGACGCGGCGGCGGUAGCUAGAGCCCGCAGCCCCACCCCGGAGGGAGGGAGCGAGAAGGCCGCCCAUGGGGGACGAGUCGGAGGGCGAGGCGGAGGAGUACCUCUUCAAGGUGGUGAUCAUCGGGGACAGCGCGGUGGGGAAGAGCAACCUGCUCUCGCGCUACGCGCGCAACGAGUUCAACCUCCACUCCAAGGCCACCAUCGGGGUCGAGUUCCAGACGCAGAGCAUGGACAUCGACGGCAAGGAGGUCAAGGCCCAGAUCUGGGACACCGCGGGGCAGGAGCGCUUCCGCGCCGUCACCUCCGCCUACUACCGGGGCGCGUUCGGCGCGCUCCUCGUCUACGACAUCUCGCGGCGCUCCACCUUCGACAACGUCGGCCGCUGGCUCCAGGAGCUCAACACACAUUCUGACACUACCGUUGCCAAGAUGCUGGUCGGCAACAAAUGCGAUCUGGAUAACAUCCGCGAGGUGCCCGUUGAGGAAGGCAAGGCGCUCGCGGAAGCCGAAGGCCUGUUCUUCAUGGAGACCUCGGCUCUGGAUGCCACCAACGUGAAGACGGCCUUCGAGAUCGUCAUCAAGGAGAUCUACAGCAACGUGAGCCGGAAGAUCCUGAACUCGGACUCUUACAAGGCUGAGCUCUCCCUCAACAGGGUGAGCAUCGACGGCGACUCGAAGGACGAUCAGAAGCAGACGGGCCGGUUCGGGUGCUGCUAGGUGGAAGUAGAAGAGUACAUUGUUGGGAUAUUGGAUUGGGUAUCACUGAGAUAUGAUAUGAUAUGAGGGGGUUUUUUUCUUGGCUUAUUGAUAUUGCUUGUAAACUGUAAUCAACUGUUGGAUUGUUCUUGUUACACCUGGGUUACAGACUACUGAGUGGGGGAGGGAAUAGCAGCUGUUACUGGCGCGCGAACUGCGUCGCGCUGUUUACUGGAAGAGUCGUGCAGCAGGUCGAUUUGCCAGGUUCUGUAAAGAGAUUUUUGGAGAAGGGUUUUGGAGCUCCA